AUGGUUUUGGAAGCUGGCUCAAAUCCGAUAGAAACAAUUAAACAUCCUGGGGAAUUCGACACAAUGUUGAAAACAGUUUUAUAUCCUAAAGAUUUCGAUUCAGUCUCAGGUUGGAUACCCGAUGUUGGGAAUGGAAGUGUUUUAAAAGAACCGGUAAGAAAUCUUGCAAAUGAUGCUGAUUUAGCUAGAGUGAUAGUUUUUGCUCGAAACACAAUAGAAAGAGUAGCACGAGCAGCUAAUCAUGGAUUCGAAAAACGAGUACUUCAGUACAAUCAUAUUGUUGAGAAUAAUAGGUGGGGUAAUUACGUAAAUUGGAAAUUAUAUCCUUUAUUUGGUCUGUUGGAACAUAGAAAAGUUUCCAUAGGGUUACCAUAUAAAAUUCAUCUACAAAGAGAAAUCAACGAUGAUAAGAUAUUUUUUGAAGAGAAUGGUUCAGAUGCAAAAUUAGAAAUAACGAAUCUCCAACUUUUCAUACCCGUAAUAACAUCAUCAAAUGAAGUAGAAACGAGAAUAUUCAACUCAUUAACUAAAGAUAUUGAAAUAGCUUUUCUUCAUCGUAACACGGUAGGUAGCAUGACUUUAACGGGAGAAUCCGCCACAUGGCCAAUCACUAACACUAUUAAACCAGCAAGAUAUUUAAUGGUUGGUUUCAAGAACUUACCAGAUUCUCAAACGAAUAACAAUAAUUUCUUUAAUCCAUAA